GCUUAGAGGGAGGAAGUCACGGGAGGGCUUAGCAUUUAGCCUGGGAUUUUGUGUUGCAAGUGUGCUUGGAUAGCUGCUGUUGCAAAGGCAGGUUUGCCUCUCAAUGCCCCAGAAGAUUGCAGCCCUGUGCACCCCUGGGAGUAAAUCUCAUUCAACAUAAUAGGACUGUGUUUUAAGUAAACAGUAAGCAUGUCUUCCAGUCCAACUGUAUUGAUGCGUCUUGUGGCCUCGGCAUAUUCUGUCGCUAAUAAAGCAGGAACAAUUGUCAGGAAAGUCAUGGCCGGAGGAGAUCUGGGCGUAGUCGAGAAGUCUGGAGCCAAUGAUCUGCAGACCAAGGCUGACCGGCUGGUACAGAUGAGCAUUUGCUCCUCUUUGGCACGGAAGUUUCCUAAGCUCACAAUCAUCGGUGAAGAGGAUCUUCCCUCUGAAGAUGUAGAUGAAGAGUUACUUGAGAAUGGCCAAUGUGAGGAGAUAUUGAAGAAGAGCUGCCCACAGCAGUAUACUAACAUUAAAGAAGAAGAGCUUGUUGUAUGGGUCGACCCUCUGGAUGGAACCAAAGAAUAUACAGAAGGACUUCUUGAUCAUGUGACAGUUCUUAUCGGAAUUGCUUAUGAAGGAAAAGCAAUAGCAGGAGUCAUUAACCAGCCGUAUUAUAACUACGAGGCAGGUGCAGAUGCAGUCCUAGGCAGGACAAUCUGGGGAGUCCUAGGUUUGGGUGCCUUCGGAUUUCAGCUGAAGGAGGCUCCAGCUGGGAAACAUAUUAUCACCACCACACGGUCACACAGCAGCAAGCUGGUCAACGAUUGCAUUAGUGCCAUGAACCCUGAUCAUGUGGUGAGAGUUGGCGGUGCAGGAAAUAAGAUCAUUCAACUUGUGGAAGGCAAGGCAUCUGCUUAUGUAUUUGCCAGCCCUGGUUGCAAGAAGUGGGAUACAUGUGCACCAGAAGCUAUUUUGCACGCAGUAGGAGGCAAGCUCACUGAUAUUCAUGGGAAUUUCUUUUGUUAUAACAAAGACAUAAAGCAUAUGAAUUCAGGAGGUGUCCUUGCUGCUUUGAAAAACCAUGACUAUUAUGCCAGUCGAGUUCCUGAGACGGUUAAACAAGCUCUUGUGCCUUAAAAUACAAAGCAUAGUGCAUUCCACUUGGUUGGGAAGGAGCUUCAGCUAUUAUAUUAUUCUUAGCUGGAAUUGGUAAUGGCUUAUGGAAUUGGAUCAAAGUUUCAUUCUGCCACAAUAUUUAGUAAUUUCCUCUCCCUACCACCCCCAGGUUACAACAGGCAUUAAAUUUGGUUUUCAGUUGGAACAGUAGGUUACUUCAGUUAGCAUAGUUUUAAAAUGUUAUAUUGCCUCAUUACUGUGUUUAUUGUUAUUAAUCUAUAUACGUUCCUGUUGAAUAAUCAAAUCUUUACACAAUCACAUUUCCUUGAUAACUUGAGAGCAAAAAAACUAUAAAUGAAGUACCAUUAUAUUUAAUGGUGUAAAAUAAAUCACCUCUGUUUAUAAACCCUGUUCACAUGUGAAUCACUCGGGGGGGGGGGGGUCUCAUGUGAUGACUUGGGAGCAGGGCUACACUGCUUGCCUACUGUUUAUGCUAGGCUUCUUGAGUUCAAACAUCCAUGCCAAUGCUUCACCAACAGUAUGAUGCCCCCUUUGUGCAAUUCACGUAUGAAGAGGCUAUAGACAAACGUAUUUCAGUCUUUUAUACACUGAAAGCACAAUGUGUCUUGAGUGGAUUAAAAUGUCAGUGAAAAUUAAAUGAUAUUUACCAUUUCUUAAA